CAGAAAAAUAAAUGUGAUUGUUUAAAUAAAAUCUAGUAACUAAACAAUUAAUUUCGGGGGAUAAAUUUUUUUAAAACUUGGAAAUAUAAAAUCAUUACAUAAUAUAUAUAUAUAAUUAUUUAUAUAUGCAUAUAUAGAUUAGAUCGAGUGGAUAUCCACUUUUUAACUUUUUGACAGUUUUUGUGAGUGAUUCAUUUUUAAAUAUAUUAAUUAUUAGUAUUUACUUUAUUACUUAGUAUAAUUAUAGAUAUUCACCUUUUGUUGCUAAUAUCUAGCAUAUGUAACCAACUCGUCAAAUGCAAAACACAAUUCUGCAUGAAACGUAUUCAAAACUAGUUCUCCAUAAAUUGAUUGUCCAAAUAGUUCAAAAUAAAUACUGGGUCCAAGACAGAGGGAUGCAGAAGAAUCGAGUUCCAAAAGUGUGCGGUUGAGUUUCAUUAUUCAAAGGGGUAGAGGCAACUAUUUUGCAUCACAUGCAAAAUAUAAUCAUAUGCAUUGUCAUGUACGUGUUCGAAGUCAACCUCAGAUCAAAUUUCUAGAAUUUUGUAGCAAACUUUGUCAGAUCUGACCAGGUUUUUUUUUCACUCAUAUUCGGCACUAGGCUGUAUUGUUAUGUUACACACUUUACUAAGUAUAUAGAUUAGCCAUGUAUAAAAUUGUGCUAAUGUUGUAGGACAUUCAUAUCAUUCAGAGGCUGCCAGGAGUAUGGGCAACUAGUUUCCAUCACAUGAAAAGAAAAACAUCAGAUCCCAAUUCUUAGUGAGUUCUGUGACAGAAUUUUUGUAGCGAAACAAUAUAUCAGAUCUGACGACCAGCUUUUCUUCUUCAACUCACGUUCGGCACUAGGCAGAAUUUUUAUGUUACACAUUCUACUAAGUAUAUAGAUUAGUCAUGGAUAAAAUUUGGCUAACAUUGUAGGACACUAAUAUUAUAAAUUUUAAUAGAAUGAAGGUAAUAAAUUUCUAAUGAUGAGUAUAUUCACACGCUACGGGUAAUUAAGGAAGAUGAUGAGGAUGAGAUGAGGAACCGUAAAGUAACAUAUAUAAUGUAUAAUGAUAACUCAUUCGCGUGCGAUUACAUAUAAUUCCAUAACAAGUUAUUUUUGCUUAUGUUAUGGAAUAAAGAUCAUCCUUUUGUUCCUUAAUAUACGGGAAAUCUUUUGAUCACAGUUAUAUGUAAUCAAGAGAAGUAAAAUCUAUGAUUGAAAAUGUCGCACGUACAUACACAUUUUCUUUAGUAUACACAUUUUCUUUGAGUAACGUGUCGCUAUACAUAUGUAAUGCAGUAUUAUUGGUAAAUAUUUACUGGAUACUAUUAACAUUGUAACAUUUUUGGUUGAUAUAUAACCAAAAUUAUGAUCUUAUACUUUGGGUCUAUAUCCAAUUUUUUUUUUUUUUUUGAAACAGGGUCUAUAUCCAAUUUGACUAAUCUUUUCUAAACAUAAAAACAAAUCUCCGAGUUUCAUAAUUUGUUUGGAUGGGAUACUCUUUCUUUACAUCAUCAGAUCAGUACACGGGUUUGAACUAUAUUAAUUAUAUUGUUUAUUUGACGUUUUAGUUGGAAAACCAACGUUAGUUAUCGAUAACUAUAGAGUAAAAAGCAUCACUGUAUAUGCGUUAAGUUCAUCCCACAUAGUCUGAUUUGUGCUUACUAAAACAAAACAUGUCAAACCACUGUAUUGAUAAGUUCAAUUUUCUUAAAAUUUUAUCAAUACGCAUGAAAAGAAUAAGAACUCUAGUAGGCAGUUAUGUGUCUUAAAUGUUAAGUUUAUAUUAGAGACAAAAUCGCCACAUCGGAUGUUAGAAGAUAUCCUAAAUAAUAUGUAAGAUAAAUUAUACUCUAUAUUUAUCACUAAUUAGUUUUAAGUUUGGAAUUCAUCUAAUUUAACUGUUUAUACGUGUAUAUAUAUAUAUAUAUAUACAUACAAGUUUUUGUGUUACUGAAUCACAAACUCAUGUUUAUUCUUCAGGAAACUUUUUUAGUAAAGUGAUAUAAGUAUCCAUAAUGGGUACUUGAAAAGUUACAUUUGAUGACUGAAAAACAUGGCAAUUAUGUUUUUUCUUAUCAAAGCAGGCAAUUAUGUCAUAAUUCCCACCGUUUUAUCUUUUUGUAAUAAAUAAUCUGAUAUCGAAUCAGCAUGAAAUUUGGCAAUAGAUGUGGAACUAUAUACUCCAGUUAAAUGGAUAACCGAUAUGUUUGUGUAAGAUUCGAGUCUGUAGAGAGAUCGAUCUAUGCUCUAGCAAUAUCUCAAUAAAACACUCUAUUCGAAUGCUGCUGCUGUUGAAAAAAUCGAAGUCCACCAAAAGAAAAACUUGUCACCAUGUUGAAAUCUUUUAUCAUAUUUCUACUGGAAACGAGAUUUGAUAUACUAUGAGCAUUGAUCCGGUUUGAGUUGGUAUUCAUCUAUGCCCAUAAAGAGAUCUAUUAUAGUGUGCUGCCAAAUAACUUGCUAUAUUAUAAAUGGUUGGCUCAUUUGUACAAAGCGUUGGCUCAUCAGACUCUACAAGUGGCACUAACCAUAUAAAAUAACAUUAAUUAAUUAAAUAUAAAAUCUAAAGACAGAACAAAUUCUGAGAAUAUAAUAAAAAGGACAGAAGAACUUGUUUCCACUUUGUAUCUUCUUAACCUUAACUUUGGGGACUAGGGACCCAAAAACCUUUCUUUAUUGACCAUCCAUAUUGCUAUUAUACACUUUUAAUUCUCUGUCCAUUUAUAUGUUUCAAUGCAUAAACACUUGUCUGCAAAACUAUUGUGUGAUCAUAUAAGUACGCAUUGGAUAGGCAUAGGAGUGUAGGACAGUACGUCUGUUGUAUAUAAUUAAUUUCUGAUACAUUUUUCACGUAACAUUAAAUUUACAAAAUCCGAGAGACAAAUGACAUCAUGAAGUUGGUGAGAAGAAGUACGUAUACUAAUUUUAGUAUGUUAACAUACGGUGAUACGGUUUUCAAAAUACUGGAUGGAAGCAAAUCAUUUUACCUUUUUUCUCUGUGGAGAUAUUAGAAGUGGUAAAUUUGUAACAAAUACACUAGCAGAGAUUGUGGGAAAAAUAUUUGUAAUGAAUUCUUAAGUAACAUAAAAAAAUAAAAAAUUGUUUCAUAGUGAAAUUUAAUGAAAUACAAAGUAAACACAUGCCUACAAAAAUACUAAUAUUCUCGUCUUUUCGUUUUAAUACUACCUGUUUCCUUAUAGUCUGUUUCUCAUGCCCCCCGGGCCACCUGACACUGCAUGUAUAUAAAAGAAUAAAUUCCAAAUCUAUGAUUUUCUAUUAUAUAAAAAGGGAUUCAUUUUCCACGCAAAAGAGAAACAUUUUUUUUAUAAAAAAAAAAUGUAUUUACACAAGUGAUUGUUCAGUUCAUGAUUAAAUAAAUAAAAUGCAAUAAAUUAAUGUUCAGUUCCCUUUACCUUUAUUUAGUUUGUUGGCCAUUAUAAUUGUUUCCAGCCAAAGAGAGACCUAUUCAAAAGGGGUUGCUUUCAAAAGCUCAUCUCUCUCUGAAUCUACUGACCUCAUUACUACUUGCCAUCUUUUACUUCAUCGAAAAUCCUCAACGAAAACCCACUUCCCCAAAACUGAAACAAACAAAAAACACACCUAUUGAUCUCUUCCUCUGAUUCAGACUUGAAACCUAGAAAUGGUUCCUACAUAUCCACAUUAUUGGAGAAAAAGAUCAUCAGUAAACCCGCAAGCUCUUCUUCCUCUGAUGAUCAUCUGCUUCUUCUUCAUUCUCCACUGCGACGCUUCGAGAGCCUCGUCGCCAUCAAGCGUUUUCUAUAGAAAUCCCAAUAAUGAUCACAACAAACACACUAUGAAAAGAGGCCAUUUCUUAGGGUUCUUGCCAAGACACUUCCCUGUUCCAGCUUCUGGUCCUUCACGAAAACACAACGACAUUGGUCUACAAGCCUUGUUGUCUCCAUGAUCUCUCUUCUCUGUCUCUCUAGAGUACUUUAUAUAAUAUAAUGUAAUGCAUGCACUCAUACACAAGAUAACAGUAGAAGACCAUUCAUCGAUCUCUGAUGUUUGCUUUGACAUGUACGUAGGGUUUCAGAUGUUUGACCUCUUCUAAUUGUUCCUCAGAUCUUUUUUGUUAUUUUUUGGUUUAUGUAAACCUCUUUGGUUGAGUGUAGAAGUGAAAGAUAAUGUGAGUUACUAUUUUUCUUUUGUAUUUGUAAUUAAAAGUUUACUAGAUGAGAUAUUAGAUGCAACAAUCUCGUUACUUCA